AUGGACAGCAUUCAGCGAGCUCAUAACCAACAAGAGACGAAGAGCAACUUAUCCAACGCCAUAGCUGAUGCGCAAAAACUCAUCGACAUUCUUCAAAGCGCCCGUGACAAUGCCGCCGCAAAGCCAGCUACAGCAGCGCUGGAGGUAGCCAAGGCACGGAGGCCUGUCGAGCAGACAUUUGAAAGAUUAGAUGGUGAUCUCAAGGAUGUCAACAAAGGAUUGAAUGGUUAUCAGAAGGCGUUAAAGGACAAAUUCCGAACGAAUGCCUUACCUACGGCAGUCAACGAUGCACUCGCGCGCCAACCAAACCUUAUCAACCGAGCUAUUGCGAUGCACCUACUACGAGAGGGCAACUUCGAUAUCGCUAAAACCUUUGUCCGGGAGGUGACUCAAGGCCAAGGGUCGAAUAAGGGGGCCGAUGCAUUGCAAGAUGAUAAGUUCUCAGAGAUGUAUCAUAUCCUGUUUGCACUUCGGAACCAACACAAUCUCGAGCCAGCAAUCGAAUGGGCCCGCAAACAUAGCGCGAAACUGGAAAGUCGAGGCUCAAACCUGGAAUUCGAGCUCAGUAGGCUCAAGUUUGUGGAGUUGUACACCUCGGAUGCCACUAUGCCAGACCAAACCUUGGCCGGUCCUCUACGUGCGCUGGAGUACGCGCGCAAGAUGUUCCCCGCUCUCAGCACGCGAUAUUCGCGGGAGACGUCAGGGCUUCUCGGCUCUUUAGCAUUCUAUUCCGGACUCGAAUCUUCCCCCUACAGCAGUACCUUCCACAAUGAAUUCUCCUACGAAGAGGCAAGUGCCUCAUUCACCCGAGAAUUCUGCGGUAUGCUGGGACUCAGCUCGCACUCGCCUCUCUACACCGCUGUCACCGCAGGUGGCAUUGCUCUUCCGCGACUGGAAAAAGUGGAGAGGGUUAUGGCUCAACAUCGAGGUCAAUGGACGAGUGUCAACGAAUUACCCGUCGAGACUCCCCUGCCGCCGGGGUUCCAAUUCCACAGUGUCUUUGUCUGUCCGGUGUCCAAGGAACAGGCGACCGAUGCCAAUCCGCCGAUGAUGCUGCCUUGCGGGCAUGUGAUUGCCAAAGAAAGCCUCGAAGCUCACAGCCGAGGAAAACCGAAAAUGAAAUGUCCCUAUUGUCCUAACGAGUGUGCACCAAAGGAUUGCAAGAGAGUGUACAUUUGA